AUGAAAAGGAAAGCUGCUCGUGAAUGUCAAAAGCUUGAAGAGAACAGAGGCAAAUGGAUGAACAUUCAAGCUAAAGAGGAUAAGAAGAGAAAGAAAGAGAACGACAUGAUAAGGAAUGCGCUUAGGAGGAAGCCUAAGCAGCAUGAAGAAAAUACUUUAGAUCCUAAAGCCUUUGUUGCUCAAAUUUUUGAAGAUUCUACUGCUGAAGAUGAAAUAACGUAUGCUUAUUACGAAUCUCAGCAAUUCAGUCCUAAAAAGGAAGAAGAAGAACAAGUUUCAACAGAAAAGGCUUCAGAAAAAGCACCAGUUUUUGAUCACUCAUCAGAUGAAGAGAGUGAUGAUGAAAGUGAAGAAAUUCGAAAACUUGAAUAUUAUAAAAGAGAAUUUUCAUCUGAUAGGAUUUAUCCUACAGUAGAAGGCAUGGAAGCAUUUGAAGAGAAGAAACCUGAAGUAAAGAAUACUGAAAGAGUAAAAAAGGCAACCAAUUUAAAGUGGGAGUCUGAACCUUUAGAUGGAUUGCCAGAUAAUAUUGACAUCACAUUCACUGCAUCUGACACUGAUCAACAAUCUGAGUUGAUUAAGAAAGUGGUGGAUCAUGUGUUGGAUAAAGAUAAAACAGAGGAGUCAGAGUCAGAGUCAAAGUUAAAGUCUGACACUUCAAGUCCAACAGUCGAAAAAGGAAAAAGGGUCAAAGGGGUAAAGGAAUUCUAUGAAAAGAAUAAGAAAGGAAAGAAAACGAGUGAUGAUGACUCGGAAUCACCCAAGGACCGUCAGGCUUGGGUGAAUCUCUUUAACUAA